AUGAUGCACCAACCCACCACCACGGAGACAAACUCUCUCCACUACGGCCUCCAGGCCAACAACGACGCAGCCACGACAGCGACCCCAACAACAUCAACGGAGCCCAUCCCUCCACGCCUCCUCUUCUCCAAAGAAGCAGAGACCACACCUCCGCAGAACGAUCUCCGACACCCGACCGCCGAGGAACCCACCUCGAUAUCUCCGCGCGAGCUUGAACUUCUCGCCGAUGCGUUUGCGCGACUCACUCUUGCUGACUCUAUAUCCUCUUCCUCUUCUACGGCGGAUGUGGAGAGUAAACACUCGGAGGCUGUGUGCAGUUUUGUGCAGGAAUCCUUGGUUGUUAAUGAGGUCGUCGAUAUUGACGACUGGUUGACUCUCGAUUUUGACCAGGUCAUCUAUCCUGACGAGGACGAUGAUGAGGGCGACGAUGAGGACGACGCGAGAAGUGAUGCCACUGUUGAGAUCGUGGAUGUCACUGACGUCAAGGAGAGGAGGGCUUACCUUGCUCUCCGGAAGAUGCGAACUUCCCAUACCCCCCGAAGGAAAUCAUGUAUUCUCCGGAGAACGUCUCGCAGCCAUGGAAGGCGGCGCAUAUUCGGUGACGGCCGACAGGAACAUGGCCACGCACCAGCGGCACCAUCAGCUAAGCCGCUACGCGCCAGCGGAGGAAACGUCCUUCGCCUCGGUCGGCGCUGA